AUGCUGUUCAGCGCGUCUGUCGCGUUACUAGCCCUCCAAACGGCAUAUGUUUCAGCAGAACCCAUCGUGAAAAGAGGAGGCCCCAUCGGCGAUGCCACAUUCGACUAUGUAGUUGUCGGUGGUGGGACAGGAGGUAGUGUCAUCGCCACGCGACUAGCUCAGAAGUCGUUCAAGGUUGCUCUUGUCGAAGCUGGAGGGUACUACGAGGUUGAAUCUCUGGCUGCUGUUCCUGCGGCCGAUGUUCUUCCGGUUGGAUCGGAUCCUAGUACUUCAUCAGCUGAGGAUUGGGGGUUCAUAGUUAGUGGACAGCCCGGAGCAAAUGAGCGAUCGAUACAUUAUGCGCGUGGGAAAUGUUUAGGCGGAUCGUCUGCGUUGAAUUUUAUGAUCUAUCAACGUCCUACAAUUGAAUCAAUGGAACAAUGGGCGACGGCAGUCAAUGAUAGUAGCUACAAAUUCGAUGAUGUGCUACCAUUUUACAAGAAGAGCGCGACAUUUACCGAGCCGAACAUGAAUAUACGCGCGAAGAACGCCACGCCGGCCUAUAAAACCGAAGGAUUCGACAUGAAGAACGGAGGCCCGUUGCAGGUAUCGUACCCCAACUACGCACAGCCUUUUUCAUCCUGGAUGAAGCUCGGUUUGAAUGAUGUUGGUAUCAAAGAGGCACAGGAUUUCAAUCUGGGCACCUUAAUGGGAGCUCAGUACUGCUCAUCAACAAUUGACCCGAGCAGCGAGCUCCGCAGUAGUUCCCAGGCUUCAUAUCUGAGCACCAUUACGGCUCCAUCCCUGACGACAUUUAGCGAUACUCUCGCGAAGAGAGUUGUUUUUAACAAAGACCGAAAGGCGACUGGCGUUGUGGUGAAGGGGGCACUGGGCAACGAUGUAACGCUUUCCUCGUCGAAGGAAGUGAUUAUCUCUGCUGGAGCCUUCCAAUCGCCACAGCUAUUGAUGGUAUCUGGCGUCGGCCCAUCUGAUCUCUUGAAAGAGCACGAUAUCGAAGUCAUCGCUGAUCGACCCGGCGUUGGGCAAAAUAUGUGGGACCACCCAUUCAUUGCGCCUUCAUAUCGUGUGCAGGUUGAGACAUUGACUGAGUUCGCUACAAACUUGAUCUACGCCGCAGGUCAGGUGUUGAGUGGAGUUCUUUCGAAAAAUGGACAAUUGACGAAUCCAAUUGCGGAUUUCUUGGCUUGGGAGAAGAUCCCUCAGUCUCUGCGAUCGGGAUGGUCGAAGAGCACACAGGAUAAACUAGCCAAAUUUCCGGGCGACUGGCCUGAAGCUGAAGUAUACAUUUCUGGCGCAGGUCACAUUGGCAACGUCUCGAAUCUCCUCACGGACCAGCCGAAGGACGGGUACCAGUACGCUGCUAUGCUAGGCGUUUUAAUCGCACCUUCAUCAAGAGGAAACGUUACACUCAAGUCGGCAGAUACCUCGGAUUUACCAAUAAUCAAUACAAACUGGCUCGACGACCCCGCUGAUCAAGAUAUCGCGAUUGCAAUGGUUAAGAGAAUGCGCGAGGCAUUCCAAAGCAAGGCCAUGGCUCCUGUGGUUAUCGGUGACGAGUAUUACCCCGGUACUCAGGUGAAGUCCGAUGCUGAAAUCUUGGAAUAUAUCAGGAAUAAUGUUAUGACAUUGUGGCAUGCGGCUUGUACCUGUAAAAUGGGUACAUCUGACGACGAUAUGGCGGUUGUGGAUUCACAAGCCAGAGUGUUUGGAGUGGAUGGUCUUCGUGUCGUUGAUGCUAGUGCAUUCCCUUUCUUGCCACCUGGUCACCCCCAAUCUACUGUUUAUAUGCUUGCUGAAAAGAUUGCGGACGACAUUAUUCAGGGAUGA